UGCUAUUAAGAUAUGACUUAAAAAAAUGUAAGCCUGACAUUUUCAUUUAUCCGCCAAUUCUCUUCACACUUUUGACGCAGUUUGUCGGAACAAAGUAAGUGGUGACAAAGCAACUUUCGGUUGCAGUGUGUUAAAUACAGUGGGUGUGGGCAGCUUGGCAGGAAAGGGAUACAAAAACCAGACUGUUGGCUGGAGAUUUGUAACAGACAGGACAUUUAUUUUGGUGAGUACAGUUGCUUUUAUACUAAGUUUGACUUCAGCUGUAGAUCUCAGAAGUCUUACUUUAUUACAUAUUAACAAAUAUCAGCUUGAAGAGGAAGGGUAGUUGUGUAAAAGGUCUGAUCCGGGAUUGUUCUGAAAGAAACUUGUGCUAAGAGCUUCAGAGGGAUAUGAAGAUGGUUGGUUCAUGCCAUAUGAAGAUGAAUUGGACCUAGCAAGCAUAACGAAGAACUCCAGAUGAGCUUCUUUCUAAGUACAAACAUCUCAUUGUGAGGAUCCUUAUCGAUUGUAGUCAUGUUUUGAGUUUGUUUCCACCAUGGCUGCUGAGGAUGUUGGUCCAAGUCGGGGUGAAAGGAGAAGGCUGCCUUGGCUGUUUCUGGUGCUGGUUGUCGCUGCCAUCACCUCCUCCUCCCUGUCUGUGAUCUCCUUGUACCAUGUGCUGGCCUUGCAGGCUGAGGUGGAGGGUUUGAGGGCCGAGGUGGUCCGCAAAAGAGAGGAGCAAAGCGGGAUGCUGGAAGAACCCAUGAAUGGGGCAGAGAAGCUAACCCAUCAGCAGGAACAUGAAGAGAUCAAAGACAGAAUUGAGUAUCUGCAGCAGACUGAGAUGGAUGAUACCACAACAGACCGUGUUGCCGUGUCAAAAAGGAGUCUGGGGCAUGUCUCAAACAAAGCAGAAUCCCAGGCAUGCUUACAGAUGAUGGCAGACAACAGGAAGAAAACCUUCCAGAAAGAGUUUGCAUUGGAGUUAUGCACAGCCAUCCCAUGGCAUGUCGGUCUAAAGCGCGGCUCUGCUCUGGAGGAAGAGCAGGGCACCAUUUUAAUCAAAGAGGAGGGAUUCUUCUUUAUCUAUAGUCAGCUCUCAUUUUCCCAGGUCUACUAUACAGACUCGACGUUCGCAAUGGGCCACAUCGUGAUUCGCAUAAAGAAAAAUGUUGUGGGAGACGAGAGUCAGCACGUCGUUCUGUUCCGCUGUAUUCAGAGCAUGAAUCGAGUCAAUCACUUCAACACCUGCUACACUGGAGGUGUAGUGAAACUGGACUCUGGGGACAGACUGGAGCUUCUGAUACCUCGUACCCAUGCAAAUAUCUCUCUGGAUGGGGAUUCCACCUUCUUAGGAGCAAUAAAACUGGCCUGACUAUGGGACAGGGCUUUGGAUCAGACACUGAAUGAGACUGGAUAUUAUUCAUUGGUGGAAUGUUGCAUUGCUAUUGACAUUCACUGGACUUCACGAAUACAAGAGCUGCUCUAUAUUGUGGAGCAUUCUUGAAACUUUCUUCAUAAAGCUAUUGUAUCCAGGAUAAAUGUUCUUUGCACUUGUUUGUUUUUUGCCACACCUCAAAGGCACUUCAUCAGACGUGCACAAAAUUGACCAUAUGGAAAUUCUUUCAUGUCAAAAUUCAUGAUUCAUCAGUCUUCAUAAUCUUCUAUGAAAAUGUAAUUACCUCUAAAUUGGCUUUUAUGUUAGCAAAUGCCAAACUCUCUUUUUCAACUACUCUCCUCCAAUCACCUGACGCAUUCUGGUAUGUAACAACCAUUUUUCACAAUCCGAUCGGUUCCAGAUGGAUAAAAUCAAGUCGCGCUCAAACUUUUUACUCCGUAAAUAUACUGUUUGACUCUAAAAAGUGUUGUGAACACCAUUUCAUGUUGAUUGUAAUGUCCUUGCUUGUUUUCUAGAACAUCUGUAGUAUGUGCUUUGGUUAUUUAAAAUAUAAUUUUAUACAAUGUACUUUUACUGUUAUAACAUAAUAGUAUGCUUUCAUACAUUACAGUUGGAACUGCACAUGUAGCCUCCAAGAUUCUACCAGCAGAUGGAGACAGUAUCACACUGUGGAAGAUAUAGUACAAGUUUUGAAAAGUACUUGCUUUGUAUUGUGUGCUUCACACAACCUCAACACAGGCAGCUUUUUCUGUUUAUUGAUGGAGGUUGUAUAUUCUUUCAGAAUUUGUCAGAAUUUGUAUGAAUUUGUCAGCCUCAUCUCAAAAGGAAACCAUCAUCAUAAUGUCACAGGCCUUGUGAUGCUGGAAUUCUGCAUCUAAAUACAAUAUAUCUUGAUCAGUUGUCAAAUCCACUGUUAGAGUUGAUUGCUUUUUGUUUAGCUUCACAUGUUUAUGAGCUUCAUGCAGAAUGGUCUUGGAUCUUGGCAAUAAAAUGUCCUGCCAUUAGAGGGCACUUGUUUCCAAGACAAUUUUUUUAUGGGACACUGUUGCAAUGAAGAUGACCAUUUUUUCAUGACUGUUAGGGUAAAUAAAUCAAGGUCCAAUAAUGGAAGCAUCAUGCGUACAUUAUGCGAACAGUGUUUUGUUUUAGUUUGUCAUGUGCCCAUUUACCGAAGAACAACUAAACAUGGAACAUAAAAGCAUCAUAUAUUUGAUCAUAAACCACAAAAACUUAUUUAAAAUGUUUUAUUUUUUUUGCAAAUACAUUUACAACAAGUUAGAAAGUGUUUCAUAUAGGAAUUAAGGAUGAUGUUCCCUGUUGUUUGUAGUUAUGAGCAUUUUUUAGUUUUUAUUUAAUUUGUAUUAUGCUGUUUUUCUAGCUCAUAUUUUGUCUCUGUCUGAUUUCUGUAGAAUAAUAGUAUUCAUUUGCAAUAGUAUGUACAUUAUCUAUCUAUCUAUCUGUAUAAUUCUCUCUGAGAUAGUUUCAUCACGUUGAUAGAUAAUAGAUAGAUAGAUAGAUAGAUAGAUAGAUUCACUGGUAUCACUACUACUGGCUUAGCUUUUAUUUUCACUGAACUAACCUGGCAAUGAAAUUUGUAUUUUUUUUACUGAACUGCCAAUGAACUGAAAAGCAAUUUCUGUCUUUCAAAAACUGAUGAAUAAAGAAUCAACUGCUGAA